AUGGUAAAGGCCAGCGCCUUCUCUGCCGUUUUGGCCUUCGCCUCCUUGGCUGUCGCCCAUCCUGGCGAGCACCACACACCGGAUCAGAUCAAGCGUGAAGUCAGCGCAAGAGGGUUGGCUCAUCAUAAGAUGACCCGGGCCUUGAACAGCUGUGCCGACACCCCUUCAUUCCAAGCUCGUAACGCCCGUGCCCUCGCUCGACGUGCCGAAACAGCCAGGCAGCUUCGUGAGAAGCGCAACAUCUCGCACAAGCCCAUAAAUAUCGGUAAAAGAGAUCAGGAUGCCCUCGAGAAGUGGGUCGCCGUUGAUCACCUUAACACUGAUGGGUACACCCUCGACACGCCUUCUGACACUCUGUUCACCGGCAAUGCUACCUGUGCUCUGGUAGAGGAGACCACUAUUGGGCCUUAUUUCGUCGCCGGAGAGCUGGUUCGAACCAAUGUCACAGAAGGCCAAGCAGGUGUCCCUCUCCAUCUGGACAUGCAAUUCGUCGAUGUGUCGGAUUGUUCUGCAGUGUCGGAUAUCGUUGUUGAUAUCUGGCAUUGCAAUGCCACAGGUGUCUACUCGGGUGUGUCAGCCACAGGCCAAGGAGGGCUGAACAGUACGUUUUGUCGCGGCGCCCAAAUUUCAGACGACGACGGCGUAGUUCAGUUUGAUACUGUAUUCCCCGGGCAUUACACAGGUCGUGUGACGCACAUUCACAUUCUCAGCACCAAAGACGCUAAAGUCCUGUCUAAUCAGACCUACGAGGGUGGUGUGGCAACGCAUGUUGGUCAGCUGUUCUUCGAUCCGGACUUGGUGGCUUCAGUCGAGGCGCUUGACCCUUACACAAGCAAUGCCCAGAGCAUCACUGAUAUCCUAUCCGAUGGCAUUGCAGCCGCAGAGGCUACCAGCGACUAUGAUAUCUUUGUGGACUAUGCUCUUCUAGGCGAUAAGCCUACAGAUGGUGUUUUAGCUUGGAUCACUGUCGGCGUUGACUCGAGUGCGAACUACUCCGACUCGGCUACGCCCGCAGCUCACUAUUACGAGGGCGGAGGUGUGGAUACCGGAUCAAGCAUGGGAGGUCCGGGCGGUUCGGGCGGUCCGCCUUCGAACAGCGACGGCACAUCUUCUACCUCGAGCACUACUGCUGUCAGUACUGGUACGGCUAGCUCCUCGGGGGCGGCCUCAAGUUCAACAACGACCUCGGGUGCCUCGAGAAGGUUGGCCGCGCCUUUCCGAUUAUUCUAA